UGAGUCACCGCAGCAGCAGCAGCACGGCUCUCGCCGCUCGAGACGGUGGCUGCGGACCCGAGCUGGAGCCCCCCCUUUGGCGAAAACAAACGCGUGCGGAUACACCGCGACGGCGCGCGCGUUUUACCCCUGCAGUUGCCACGCGACGCGACGAUACGGGGCUGGAAUGCGAGGUGCAUUUGACGCGAUCGCAUUCCUCGCCUCGUUCUUGGCGCUUUCCGCUGGCAGCUCGGGGACGGCGGCGGACAUGGAGCCCGUGCAGCAGGCGCUCAGCCUGUAUAGGCGGCGCCACUUCAGCGAGUGCGCCGAGCUGUGCGAGCGCCACGCGUCCAAGCAGCUCCAGUGGCUCGGCAUGCUGGCCCUGACGCAGCACGCGUGGCUGGACGAGCUCGAGCUCGAGGGGCUGCAGUCUCUCGCCGAGGAGCUGCUCGACGACCAGGCGACGGCGCAGACGGGCCGACCGGGCACCUCCCUGCGGGCCCCUCCCCCUCCGACCGGCGGCGGCCGCCCAAUGACCCGCGAGGGUCGCCCUCUGACUGGAAUACGGCGACGACCCCAGUCCCGCACCGCGGCCACCCGGCACGGCGUCGAGAGGGCGCUCACCACAGCCGCAGGAAGAACGGCACGGCCAACGACUGCGGCACCCGCAAUGGUGCAAGAGUUAGCAGAGUUCGGUCGACUGGGCGCGGCCUCUUCGGGCUGGCCGGACAAGCCGUGGCUCUCCAAGCCGCUCUUCCGCUUCCUGUACCACCAACGAGGUGACGUCAGACAGGCGUUGGAGCUGGCCGGCCAGGAGCGGGCGACCGACUGCUGUGGAUGGUGGUCGCUGCAGCGCGGCCGCUGUCUGCUGAGGCUGGGAAUGCUGCGAGAGGCGGAGCACCAGUUCCGAAAGGCGGCGGAGGCCGGAGACCCCCAGCCCAGGGCGUUCCUGUGGCUCGCCAGGGUGCAGCUGCAGAUGGAUCAGCCGCUGGCCGCCGUGGAGGCGUACAGGCGCGGCUUGGACAAGUUCCCCAACGAGGCCGCCCUCGUGGCGCCCAUGGCGCGCGUCUACGAGGGCCUGCACGACCUGCAGCGCUCGGCCAAGCUGUACCGGGAGCUGCUGUCGCAGGACUCAGUGCACGUGGAGGCCAUCGCCUGCGUCGCCACGCACCACUUCUACGCGGACCAGCCGGAGAUGGCGCUCAGGUUCUACAGACGCCUGCUGCAGCUGGGCAUGCCGACGGCCGAGCUGUACAACAACCUGGCUCUGUGCUGCUUCUACGCGCAGCAAUACGACAUGGCGCUCACGUGCUUCGACCGGGCGCUGGCCCUGGCCGAGGACCAGCUGCUCGCCGACGUCUGGUACAACCUGGGGCUCGUCGCACUGAGCUCCGGAGACAAGACGUUGGCGACCCGCGCCUUUCGCCUGGCACUGGUCUAUGACAACUGCCACGCGGAGUCGUACAACAACCUUGGCGUCCUCGAGCUCACCAGCGGCAACGUUGACCAGGCGGCAUCCUACUUCGUCACGGCCGGCGAAAUGGCACCGGAACUGUGCGAGGCUCAAUACAACCGCGCGCUCGUGCUUGAACAGAUGGGAGACCUCCAAGGCUGUGCUCGUGCUGCAAGCAAGUGCAGCCAGCACGCAUCCAGUGCAGAUCUCCUACAGAAGGUGCAGGCGUUUUUCCAGAGCCACUGAGAGAGACCGGCAAGCCGCCACUGCAUUUUUAU